AUGCCCAAGGAUAAGGACGAUGCUGGUGGGGAGGACAAGGCGAUCAUUGCAACUCUUCAGACUACCAUAACUCUGCCGCUUCCCCAAGAUUCCUCCGAAAUCGCGGCGUCGACUAUUCCGUGUUUUACGGUACUCUUCUACCGCAGUAACGAUCCGUUUAAUCGAGAGUUUCACGCGCCACAGGCACGUUGGCUCGGGGAGCUCCUGGGAGUACGAUGGCUCCAGAAGCAGGAGAAAGGUGUUCUUCUGGUGGUGCAUCACGACACUAUGGGAUUCCCUCCAUCGUUGGAAAUUGGCGAUUCGAGGUAUGUCACUGUUGACGGUCUGGAUUUCCGAGUAGCAGCGGGAGCUGGUGCUGAUGAAUGCAGAUGGGCUAAGGAUUUAUCCCUGGACGACGGGGAAAUCGCGACAGGUUUACGAAUUGGAGGGGUAUUGCCGUCUGGUCAGCUUAUUCUCACGAUGCCGUUUGUAUCGGAUCCUAGCAAUCCCCGAGCAAAAGCAGCUUUCAUGGAAGUUGUGGAGCAUGCUAUGGCCAGCACUCGAAAACGGAAAGCUCUCGUCUUGGUGGAUGGAAAAGAUCCUUUCCUCAGCUUUGCACAUGAUAAGUUCCAGAAUUUGGAGGACAGCUCGCUGUUGUCGACUGCUCCGACUCUGGCGAGACAGGAAGUGGCUUUAACAGCUCUGCCGAAGAACUUAACAGAUGAUGAGCAGAAAGCACUGUUUGUAAACCCAUUGGCUGUUGCAGCCGAGAUGCUGCCUUGGCAUACAGGGAAGCUGGUCAUUGGUGGAGGUUCAUAA